AUGCUAGCCAUGGUCACCCGUGCGAAGUACGAGGACGGCACUCCCGAUGCACUUGAUGACGGCAUGCCGAACCACACGAUGAUCGAAGACUGGGACUCAAAUGUGACCUGCCACGACGACCAUGCCGGCUGGUCCGGUGAUUGUGCCCAGCUUGACGAUGCCUGGAUCAAGGACCAGGACCAGCCGGGUAUUGACGAGCAGAAAAACAAAAUUAUCUGCAAGAAUCUCUGCUGCGUCGUUGCCGUGUACAGGAAUGGCAGUUACAACCUCUCUGUCUCAGAGAUGGCCCAGUGGGGUAACAACGCCAACUUGCAUUGCAAUGGUCCAAACGAACAGACGUGGAUCAGUGGAAAUGAGGAUAAUUGGAGCUCUCCACAAAAUGGUACGUGGAGAAUGUGCCUCAUCAACAAGAAUUCCGCCGACAAGUGUAAGUAG